AUGACAAUCUUUUUGCUACUCCUUGGGCUUCUAGCCCCACUGGUUUUCUGCAGUCCAAUCAAACAUGCUACUCCGCAUCUUUCCCAAUCUGCCCCAAUACCGAGAGAUAUGCAAGGCAAUUCUUCGCAGUUACCCAAUACUCCAUGGCAGGGAUACGAUCUAAACACGAAUUACUAUGAAACCGUUCCACAGACGAAUGUUGUCCGUGAAUAUUGGUUUGACAUCGUCAACACGACCGCUGCUCUUGACGGAGUUGAGAGACCAGUGCUUCUGGUCAACGGCCAAUUUCCAGGCCCUACUAUUGAGGCAAACUGGGGCGACACUGUCAAAGUUCAUGUUACGAAUCGCAUGGAAAACAAUGGUACGGCCAUCCAUUUCCACGGAAUUCGACAGCUGUACAACAACCAAAUGGAUGGAGUAGCAGCGUUGACGCAAUGCCCUGUUCCCCCAAACUCCAGUUAUACCUACGUCUGGAGAGCCGAACAAUACGGGUCGAGUUGGUAUCACUCGCACUUUUCUCUUCAGGCAUGGGAAGGCGUCUUUGGGGGCAUUGUGAUUCACGGCCCUGCGACGGCAGAUUAUGACCACGACUUGGGUGUGGUAUUUCUCAAUGACUGGUCGCAUCAAACAGUUGACGAGAUGUAUCAAUCUGUACUCGAGAGUCAGGGGCCGCCUCAUUUUCAGACAGGCCUUAUUAAUGGGAGCAACAUCUGGGUUACCGGAGAUAACCAGACCGUUGGUCGUAGAUUCCAUACAGAAUUUGCACCAGGACAAAGAUACCGGAUUCGGCUAGUUAAUGCAGCCAUGCAUACCCAUUUCAAGUUCUCAAUUGACAAUCACGACCUUACCGUCAUCGCUAGCGAUUUCGUUCCUAUUGUACCAUUCACAACGAAUAAUGUCCCCAUUGGCAUGGGACAACGGUAUGAUAUUAUCGUGACAGCAAAUCAAGCUCCGGACAAUUAUUGGAUCCGAGCAAUCCCGCAGUCCUUCUGCAGUGACAAUUCGAAUCCAGACAAUAUCAAAGGGAUCCUCCGCUAUAAGGGUGCUUCCAAUGACAACGAGCCCACGAGCACAAAGUGGGAUUACGGUGACGACUUCCAGUGCCUGGAUUUCUCAUUAGACGAGCUUGUCCCGUGGCUUGCCCUUGAUGCAGACAUAGGUGGCGCCCAGAUGCACGAGUCAGACGUGGACUUCAGCCCAUUCGGAGAUGUUCCCUUGUAUUUGUGGACAAUGGGAGGUAAUGCUCUUAAUAUCUCGUGGAAGGAUCCCACCCUACAGCAAACUUUCGAAGAUCCCGACAAGAUGGACUGGGAAGCAAGCCAGGGAGUGAUAGAGGCGGCGAUCGCGAAUAAAUGGACCGUUUUGGUUGUCCAGACAGAUCUUCCUGUUCCUCACCCGAUCCAUUUGCAUGGACACGAUUUCUAUCUCCUUGCUCAGGGAUUCGGCCAAUUCAGCCCACAGAAUGUCACACUCAAAACGAAAAACCCACCCCGCCGCGACACUGCGCUCAUGAUCGCUGAUAGUUCCGCGACUGGUGGCGGCGGCCAUAUGGUUAUUGGCUUCCCCGCCGACAAUCCGGGUGUAUGGCUUAUCCACUGUCACAUUGGAUUCCAUGCAACGGAAGGGUUCGCGCAGCAGGUUGUCGAGCGACAGAGUGAGUUCAACUCAUUCUUCAGCGAAGAUUUACUGGUGGACACAUGUGAUGCGUGGGACGAGUACGCCAAGGUGAAUCCCUACGGACAUCAGUACCGGGGUCUUGCUGGGCCAUACGAGUCGGGUAUAUAA